AUCUCCAUCAAGGCUGCACCAUGACAUCUUCCCAGGUCUGCUUCCAAGUCAGAGGAGCAACAGAACAAGGAGAUGUAAUUGCACUAUGUGGGAGCAGUGAAGUACUAGGUGCCUGGAAGCCACAAAAUGCAGUUAUUCUGCAGCCCGACCCCAAUGAUUGUAUGGUCUGGAGAACAAAUGUUACACUCCUAAAAGGAACUCCAGUACAGUAUCGAUAUUUUAAGGGCUUCUUUCUGGAACCAAGGAACACCGGCGGUCCAUGCCAAGUCAUAGUUCACAAGUGGGAGACCCAUCAACAGCCACGAUCAAUAAAUCCUUUAGAUGAUGAAACUCACAUAGAUGAUGGGGAAUUUGGAGUUCACGAUGGCGUUGAAACAGUGGAUUCCGGAUGGCUGACAUGUCAGACUGAGCUUAGAUUGCGUCUACAGUAUUCUGAAAAACAACCUGUUUCUAUAUCCAAGAAAAAAUUUAAAAAGUCUAGGUUUAGGGUGAAGCUCUCUCUAGUCGGUCUUGAAGAAGAGGGCGAAGAUGACGAUCAAGAUAAACCCUCUCCUACUUUUCUCCUGAAGAUGGCUAACUCAUUUGAGAUCUCUUUAAUAAGCAACACUGAAUACAAAUCGCGGCACUCCCAGCCAGAAUGUGGUUAUGCUCUGCAAUAUGACCGGUGGACAGAGUUCAGUAUACACACUAUGGAGCCCGACAACUUGGAGUUACUGUUUGACUUUUUUGAAGAAGAAUUGAGUGAAGCUGUGGUGCAGGGUGACACACUCCCAGGUCAUGUGGGCAGUGCCUGUCUCCUGUCCUCCACUAUCAUGGAGACUGGAAAAAGCAACGGCAUCAUCACACUCCCAAUUAUGAGCAGGAACGCCAGGCAGACUCUUGGAAAAGUUCGAGUUGACUAUAUUCUUAUAAAGCCAAUACAAGGUUAUUCCUGUGACAUGAGAGGCUCUUUCUGCAAGUAUUGGAAGCCGCGGACUCCACUUGAUGUUGGACACAGAGGAUCCGGCAACUCUACCACAGCUGCAAAACUGGCCAAAAUUCGAGAAAACACAGUAGCGUCAUUGAAGAGUGCCGCCAGUCAUGGCGCAGCCUAUGUUGAAUUUGAUGUACACCUAUCCAAAGACCAUGUGCCAGUGAUAUAUCAUGACCUCACAUGCUGUUUAUCUAUGAAAAAGAAAGCUAAUGCCAUGUCCUUGGAGCUGUUUGAGAUCCCUGUGAAGGAGCUCACAUAUGAUCAGCUUCAACUCCUAAAGCUGGCACACGUGACUGCACUUAAGUUCCAAGAUCAUCAUGACUCCGUAGAUGAAGAAUGUUCUGUAUCGGACAACCAGCCUUUUCCUUCCCUUCAAACGGUGCUUGAAUCUGUGCCUGAAAAUGUUGGGUUCAAUAUUGAAAUUAAGUGGAUCUGCCAAGAAAAAAGUGGUAAAUGGGACGGUAAUUUAUCUAGCUACUUUGACAUGAACCUCUUCUUGGAUAUCAUCCUGAAGACUGUCCUGGAAAAUGCUGGCCAUCGAAGGAUUGUGUUCUCCUCGUUUGAUGCAGAUAUUUGCACAAUGGUCCGUCUCAAACAAAAUAAAUAUCCCAUCCUUUUUCUGACGCAAGGGCAAUCGCAAAUAUAUCCAGAGCUUAUGGAUAUAAGAUCACGGUCAACCCCAUUUGCAAUAAGCUUUGCUCAGUUUGAAAAUAUUCUGGGAAUAAAUGUUCACACAGAAGAUCUGCUGAAAAAUCCACAUUACAUACAGGAGGCUAAAUCAAAAGGUUUGGUUGUGUUCUGCUGGGGGGAUGAUACCAAUGACCCAGACAACCGGAUGCUGUUGAGAAAACAUGGCAUCGAUGGACUCAUCUACGACAGAAUAUAUGACUGGAAUCCUGAACAGGCAAAUUUAUUUAAAGUUGAACAAAUGGAGAAUCUUAAGAAGGGGCUGACCGAGGAAAUGCUUAGGAGCUGCCUGUGUCCAGUUAACCAAUAUGUGUGUAAUUCAGCCAACUGCUCUAGAAACAAUAUCCAUGAGGAUACCAACGGCAUUGCCAACCACAAGCCAACUUAAGUUCUCCUAGACCCUCACUAGCAUCUCAGGGCCGAAUUGUCAUAUGUUGUCCUAACCAGGCG